AAUCAGUGGGUCCACAGUUGAGUCUUCAUACCACAAUUGAUAACUGUAGUGUGAAAUCUCAUUGUCAGAAUAUUACACUUACCAGAUCAGUGCCAUUGGGUCAACACUGAAUCCGUUGGUCACACCUCAUGACUCUUGCCCCUCUCACCUUCAGCUGUCAGUACACUUUCACUCCAUGUUAAAAUUAAUCCAUCACUGGCUACUCGAAAACAUCACCCCGUGCUGUUCGGUUGGUUAUGUUCAUUUUUAAUAAAUAUUUGUACUUACAGUCCUUCUGAUUCUGACUAAAGCCUUUCUCCAUGUUUUGUUUAACCAGGUUUUGUAUGCAGUAACGUUUGCUUACAUUUGCUUACAUCACGUUCCUUUCUGAUGUAAUCAUGCCUGAAUGAAGCAGCUCUUACAUUCUCGUGAAUUUAGUGUCUUUUUUCUACACCACAGCCAACUGCAAUGAUAUUCAACAAUGUGUGCAUGAGUUACAUGCCUCAUAUGGGCAGCACUUCCAAUGCAUGCUAUCCAUGCAUAAAUUAUUAAGGAAACCUGUGGGUUGCAACCUGGAAGGUGGACUGCUAAAUUUAGGGUCAAGAAAAGUAUGUCACCCUAGAUGCAUGACCUUUUUAAAGGAGAGGAGACAGCAGCCCCACUGAGAAAUCUGCGAGUAUCUGGUGAUGAGAGUAAGUUGGAUGUUGCAGGUGGGACGACAGUCCAGAGGCAACAUUUCCCGCGUUUAAAGGGCAUCCUAAAAAAAGAAAGGCAGUAUGUUCCUCGGCACACAGACCAGGGUACUCCUCCUGAAUGACAUGGAGAGACUGGACAGGACUCUGUUUCGCCUGGAACAAGGCUUUGAGCUCCAGUUCCGUCUGGGGCCGACCCUGCAGGGGAAGCGCGUUCGUGUCCACACCAACUACCCGGCAAGGGGGAAAAAGUUCAACAGCCAGGAGUUCUGCGUACUUGAGUGGAUCAACCCCACAGGCAGGGAGGAUGACUCGGACAAGUACUGCAAACUGGACCUUGAGAUCGCUGGCUCCUAUCAGUACUACUUCGGCUGUGGGGAUGAGGAGAAGACAGGUGGGGGCUACAUUGUGGUGGAUCCUGUGCUACGUGUGGGCCACGAGAGGAACAUUCUGCCUCUGGACAGCAUCACCAUUCAGACUUAUCUGUCCAAGUGCCUGGGUCCAAUGGAUGAAUGGCUAGACAGAUUCAGAGUAGCCAAGGAAACUGGUUACAAUAUGAUUCACCUGACGCCAUUGCAAAAGCUGGGAGAGUCGCGGUCCGGCUAUUCCAUUGCUGACCAGCUGGAGCUGAACCCAGAAUUUUCCCCUCCGGGGAAGAACUAUACGUGGACGGAUGUAGGGAACCUGAUCGAAAAGAUCAGGAAAGAGUGGAAUAUGCUUUGCAUUACUGACGUUGUGUACAACCACACAGCGGCUAACAGCAAAUGGCUAAGACUUCAUCCAGAGUGUGGCUAUAACCUGGUGAACUCUCCCCACCUGAAGCCUGCCUGGAUAAUGGACAGAGCCCUUUGGCAUUUUAGCUGUGAUGUUGCGGAGGGCAAAUACAGUGACAGCGGCGUGAGGCCCCUUAUUGAGAAUGAGAAGCAGCUUAAGACUCUUCAAGAACUCCUGCCGAAGGAUGUUUUUUCUCCACUGAAACUGUGGGAGUUCCUCCAGGUCAACGUAGACAAAGCAGUAGAGCAGUUCAAGAAGAUGCUGCAGGCUGGUGGCAAACCAGACGGGCCAGAAGUGAAGGGUAAGCAAAAGCUGAAGAUCAUACAGGAUCCGCAGUACAAACGCUUCGGAAACACUGUGGACAUGAAGAUGGCACUGGAGAUGUUUGGCAGACACACGAAUGGCCCAGCAGCAAUCCAGGUGUGCUGUGAUUGGUUUAAGAAGAGUCUGGAGGAGCUAAAUGUGGAGUGCUAUAAGGAAAUGCAGGGCCAUCACGAGAAGGCUAUAAACUGCAUCAUAGGGACUGUGCACUAUGAACGUCUCGCAGCUAAUGGUCCCAAACUUGGACCUGUCACCAGAAAACACCCUUUGGUGACAAGAUAUUUCACCUUCCCUUUUGAGGACAUGCCCAUGGAGAAGGAGAAACUCCUGCUACAGAGCCCUGAUGAUGCCUGUCAUUUCCUGGCCCACAAUGGGUGGGUGAUGGGAGAUGAUCCUCUCAGGAACUUUGCAGAAACAGGUUCUAAUGUAUACCUGAGGAGGGAGCUGGUCUGCUGGGGCGACAGUGUGAAGCUUCGCUAUGGCGAUAAGCCUGAGGACUGUCCAUACCUGUGGGCACACAUGAAGAAGUACACAGAGAUCACAGCCAAACACUUCUGUGGUGUGCGGCUGGACAACUGCCAUUCUACACCUCUACAUGUGGCUGAGUACAUGCUGAGGAGCGCUCGUGAGCACAGGCCUGAUCUGUACAUGGUGGCUGAGCUCUUCACGGAGAGCGAGGAGCUGGACAAUGCCUUUGUCACUCGGCUUGGCAUUACCUCCCUCAUCCGGGAGGCCAUGAGUGCUGGAGACAGCCAUGAACAAGGCAGGCUGGUUUACCGCUUUGGGGGAGAGCCUGUCGGCUCUUUUAUCCAGCCCAACAUCAGGCCUUUGGUUCCAGGCAUUGCACACGCUAUGUUUCUGGACAUUACCCAUGACAAUGAGUGCCCCAUCAAGGUUCGGUCUGUGUACGACUGCCUUCCUACCUCUGCUAUCGUGUCUAUGGCCUGCUGUGCCACAGGUAGCACUAGAGGAUACGAUGAGCUGGUCCCUCACCAGGUUUCAGUGGUCAAGGAGGAGCGCCUGUACUCCAGGUGGAACGCUGACGCCCUGCCUUCCUCUCCUGGGGAGGUGAACCUCCAGUCAGGCAUCAUGGCAGGGAAGCUGGCACUCAACAGGCUCCACAAGGAGCUUGCUGAGAAGGGCUUCACCCAGGUCUAUGUAGACCAGCUGGAUGAAGAUACUGUGGCAGUAACCAGACACUGCCCAAGCACACACCGGUCUGUGGUGACUGUAUCUCGAACUGCCUUCAAAAACCCCAAAAGGCACCACUACAGAGAGAGAGUUUCUCCCAUGUUCAUACCAGGCCAGAUAGAAGAGGUGAUCAUGGAGGCACGCAUGGUGGAGAGAGAUGCUGGGUCAUAUGUGAAAGAUGAGAAGUACAUUAACGGCAUGCCUGAAUACACGGUGGAGCUCUGGGAACACCUCCAGCUUCAGGACAGCAAAAUUGUAAAACGGGGAGAAGCCACAACAAAUGGCCGCAGUGAGUUUGUCCAGGAGAUCGUGUUUGAUCAGCUCACUCCAGGCAGUGUAAUUGCUUUCAGGGUGAGUCUGGAUCCAAAAUCUCGGGACAAUGUGGGCUUCUUGCGCACUCAGCUCUCUCAGUUUAAUCGCCUGUACAAAUCAGGCAGUCUAACUGACCCCAAUGUUCCUGGAAUUCUAAAGAUUUCCUUGGAAUUCCUCAUGUCUAAGCUGUCCUUGGCUGAUCUGAACGUGUUACUGUUCCGCUGCGAUGCUGAGGAGAAAGAUGAUGGUGGAGGAUGCUACAAUAUCCCAUCCUGGAUGGCGUUGAAGUACGGAGGCCUUCAAGGUUUUAUGUCAGUGCUAUCAGACAUUCGGCCCAAGAAUGACCUGGGGCACCCCUUCUGUGACAACCUAAGGCAAGGCGACUGGAUGCUUGACUACAUUAGCUCUCGGCUCAUGAAUAAAGGUGGAGCUCUGCGGGAGGUGGGGAAGUGGUUCCAUGCCAUGUUUACCUACCUUAAGCACCUCCCACGCUAUCUUGUACCAUGUUACUUUGAUGCCAUCAUCGCUGGAGCCUAUGCCACAGCCGUGGAUGCUGUGUUUAAAAACAUGUCAAGCUUUGUGCAGAGCGGAUCAACCCUUGUGAAGCAGUUGGCGCUGGGCUCCGUGCAGAUGUGUGGCGUGGGCCAGGUCCCUGCCCUGCCUCCUCUCUCUCUCACCUUAGAGGACGUCCCAUAUCGCCUGAACCCCUUCACUAAGCAGGAGGAACAGUGCUGUGUGUCUCUGGCUGCAGGCCUUCCUCACUUCUCAUCUGGGAUCUUCCGCUGCUGGGGCCGUGACACCUUCAUAGCCCUACGUGGCCUCUUGCUCAUCACAGGAAGGCACAUAGAGGCAAGGAACAUCAUCCUGGCCUUUGCUGGUACUCUGAGGCAUGGCCUGAUCCCCAACCUGCUAGGGGAAGGCGUGGGUGCACGUUUCAACAGCCGGGAUGCAGUGUGGUGGUGGCUGCAGUGCAUCCAGGACUAUUGUGCAAUGAUCCCCCACGGCACAGGCAUCUUGUCAUGCCCUGUGUUGCGCAUGUACCCCACGGAUGACUCGGAACCUCAGCUUGCCGGCACUGUGGACCAGCCUUUGUACGAUGUAAUCCAGGAGGCCGUACAGCGUCACAUGCAAGGAAUUGAAUUCAGAGAGAGGAACGCUGGACCACAGAUCGACUGCAACAUGAGAGAUGAAGGAUUCAGUAUCAAGGCUAAAGUGAAUCCAGACACAGGCUUUGUGUAUGGUGGAAAUCGCUUCAACUGUGGGACAUGGAUGGACAAAAUGGGAGAGAGUGACAAAGCAGGCAAUCGAGGGAUACCAGCCACGCCCAGGGAUGGCUCUGCGGUGGAGAUAGUGGGUCUCUGCAAGUCCACUGUACGCUGGCUGAUGCACUUGAAUAAGAACGGUCACUUCCCCUAUUCCUCUGUCAGUGUCCAUAGAGAUGGUGAAACCCAAACAGUGUCCUAUGAGGAGUGGAAUCAGAGAAUCCAGGAUAACUUUGAAAAGAUGUUCUAUGUAUCACCUGAUCCAGAAGACCCAAAUGAGCAAAACCCAGACCUGGUUCACAAAAGAGGCAUUUACAAGGACAGUUACGGGGCCUCCAGCCCCUGGUGUGACUACCAGCUCCGACCCAACUUUACCAUUGCCAUGGUGGUGGCUCCAGAGUUGUUUACAGUAGAAAGAGCAUGGACAGCUUUACAGGUAGCUGAGAAGAUGCUGCUUGGGCCUCUGGGAAUGAAGACCUUAGAUCCAGAUGACAUGGUUUACUGUGGUGUCUAUGACAACGCCCUAGACAAUGACAACUACAACCUCGCCAAAGGCUUCAACUACCACCAAGGACCUGAAUGGCUUUGGCCAGUCGGCUACUUCCUGAGAGCCAAACUGUACUUUGCCAAGCAGAUGGGCCAAGAAGUCUAUGAUCAUACAGUGUACCUAGUGAAGAAUGUCCUCUCCAGACAUCACGUCCACUUAGAAAGAUCCCCUUGGAAGGGUUUGCCAGAACUGACCAAUGAAAAUGGACAAUCCUGCCCUUUUAGUUGUGAAACUCAGGCUUGGUCAAUAGCCACAAUUCUGGAAGUCCUGCAUGAUCUAUGCGAUGCUGAGGACCUGUAGAUCUUAUGACUUGUGUGACUGCCGGUUUGUCUGAAAAGGGACUAGUGUUCUCCCCAGUGACCAUGUGAAAGCCAAAAAAAGGUGCCUUAAACAUGUCCUUUUGGCUGUUCCUUGUUUUUAUGUCCAGUCAGACAUGAAACCAAUUGAGAAGCAUCUAUUGUUAUGCAGGUUCUCCUGUCUUGUUAUUUAUUAUAGCACCAUACAGGCCUAAUUUAGCCAUAUCAGAUGAUUAGAAGGAUGUUUAAUAUUUACCCAAACGUCCUGAAGUGUAUCAGGGAAGUGUUGUUUGGAUAUGUUGUUCCAUCGAUUCAUAACAAGCCUGGAAAAAAUGUUUCCUGCAUACUCUCAAUUCCUUUUAGGUACUUCAAGUACACCAUUAUGACAGAGUUUAUACUUAUAUUUAUAUACCAUUUUUAAGUUGUAUUGAGAGUUGUUUUUGAAUCCAUUACUAAAACAAAGUUAUUAGAGCUUCAGAUGAAGGAUUUGUAUCUUUAAAACACAUUGUUUCCCAGUCCCGUUUCUGGAAUUCCUCUGUCGUAUUUUUGCCACUCUGAUACGGCAACUUCAACACAUGAAGGGUUUGAUGGUUAGCUAGAUCUAGUGUGUGGAUGCAGAAAGGACACAAUAUUGUGCAAGGCAUUGCUACUUCUAAGGAAACACCUCAUCAUAAGCUAUUUCAUAUCAUCAUAAGCUAUACAUGAUAUAAAAAACUGCAAGGUUCCAACCCCAGACAAAAACAAACCCCAUAACUGUGAUAUGUAUAAGGUCCUUUUGGACAUGUAGCUGUUGACUUAUAAAAUGGUUUCAUGUCUGUGGAGAUGACCUUUGAGUAAUUUUUAAAUUUGGCCAGCUAUGUUAGGACAAAAGGAAUGACUGGUUAAACGGAUAAAAAGAUAAUGUGCAAAAGUCAGUGACCACCUUUCAUUUAUAUAAUUUCCAGUGAAAACAACCAUUAAGUUAUUCGUUUUUUCAGCUUAAAAAGAAACAUUUAAGAGCAAAUUGUUUCUAAAAUAUUAUUUAUUUUUUAGUGUUUAGUGUGUCCAGUCUUUGCCUUUAUUACAGCUCCUUUUGUAUUCAGGAGAUUUUCAAAGAAAUCUGCAGGAAUAUUUUUCCACACUUUCAAAGUU